AUGGGCUUCGAAGUGUGGUUUUCGGAAAAUGAGAGAAUUGUGUCCCCGAGUUCAAUCUUUGAACUCGGUCUCUUCAAAGAUCGUACUGGUUGGUAUUUGGGAAUCUGGUUCAGACAGUUCCCAGGAAGAGUAGUAUGGACCGGUAAUCGGGGCAGUCCUCUCUACAGUUCAGAAGGAAAACUUCAAAUAAGCAGUUCAGCUGGGAUCCAACUCUUCGACGAGUCUGGCUACAUGACGUGGCAUAGAGAUCUCACAAGUCCUGCUGCUGAAGACGACGCGCCGUUGUCUGCUUAUCUGUCGGAUACUGGAAACUUCAUUGUGAGUAAUUACUCUGGUGGCAUCUUGUGGGGAAGCUUUGACUACCCAAGCAAUGUCUUAAUUCCAGGUAUGGUGCUAGGGUAUUAUCCUGGAUUGGAUUACAUCCGAACCAUAACUUAUGACGACAUCUUCCACGAGGGAGGAACAGAAACAGGGUAUGAACAUUAUAUAUGGGGGAGUAGUGGUACUAAAAUUUGCCGUAUCGACCCCAUAUACACUACAAAGGCAAUGAUCCAGACAAGAACAACCAAUAGUUACACUUACAGUUUGCGUAGGAACACGACAACCAGCUACUACGCAAGUUUGAAAAUGAGCGAUACUGGCUUUUUGAUCUGGUCCGAGUGGACUCGGAGAGAUAGAAAGUUGAAGGAUUUGGUGAUUGCACCAUCUGAUAUUUGCGAUAAAUACACUACAUGUGGAAGUGGAACCAAUACGUACUGCUCUAUGAACCCGCUCAAGUCUUGUGAAUGUUUCCCAGGGUUUCGGCCUCAAACUGAUUCGGAGAGGAAUCAAGACAGCUACGCUUUACAUGGACAUUGCGUGAGGAAAUCGCCGCUGGCCUGCUCCGAUGAUGAUGGGUUUCAGCUGCUGAAGAAUAUGAAACUUCCAGAAACUGAUAAUUGGACAAUUUCUUACGAGGGAGUGGGUUUGGAGGAAUGUAAGGAGAGGUGUCUCACGACCUGUAACUGUACGGCGUUUGCAAACACGGACAUGCCAACUGGUGUGCGGAGUUGUGUGAUGUGGACAGUAAGCUUGGAGGAUACUCGACGUAACCGGGGUCAAAAUCUUUACGUCAAACUGGCUGCUCUUGACAUGGGUGGGUACUAA